CCAGGCGGAGGAGGAGGAGGAGGAGCAGGUCGACCAUGUGUGGCAUCUGGGCGCUGUUCGGGAGCGACGAGUGCCUGUCGGUGCAGUGUCUGAGCGCCAUGAAGAUCGCUCACCGCGGGCCGGACGCCUUCCGCUUCGAGAACGUCAACGGCUUCACCAACUGCUGCUUCGGCUUCCACCGGCUGGCCGUGGUUGACCAGCUGUACGGGAUGCAGCCCAUUCGCGUCAAGAAGUUCCCUUACCUGUGGCUCUGCUACAACGGCGAAAUCUACAACCACAGACAGCUGCAGGAGCACUUCGGCUUCGAGUGCCAGACGCCUGUGGACGGCGAGGGUCCAUCCUGCCACCUGUACGCCCGAGGCGGGGCGGAGCGGACGGCCGCCUUGCUGGACGGGGUCUUCGCCUUCGUGCUGCUGGACACGGCCAACCAAGCUCCCCUCCUCGGCCGGGACGCCUUCGGCGUCGCCCCAUGUUCCGGCUGCUCACCGACCGACGGCUUCCUGGCCGUGUGCUCCGAGGCAAGAGGGCUAAAAUCACUCCAUGGCGGAGCCCCCAGGGUGGACCCCUUCCCCCCUGGACACUACGAGGUGCUCGACCUGAAGCCCAGCGGAAAGGUGGUCACCGUGGAAACCGUCAAAUACCACAGCUCCCGGCACCAGCCCCUCCACACCCGCUACCCAUCCGUCGGUCGGUUCUCAGGGUUCGAACCGGAAACGGUGAAGGGCAACAUCCGGCUGCUGUUCGAGAAUGCCGUUCGGAAGCGCCUGAUGACCGAGCGGAGGAUCGGCUGCCUCUUGUCAGGAGGCUUGGACUCGAGCUUGGUGGCCGCCGUUCUGCUGAAACAGAUCAAGGAGCGGAAAUUACCGUAUCCCUUGCAGACGUUUGCCAUCGGCAUGGAAGACAGUCCCGACCUGCUGGCAGCCCGGAAGGUGGCGUCUCAUAUCGGGAGCGAGCACCACGAGGUGAUAUUCGACGCCAAGGAAGGCAUCCAAGCCCUGGACGAGGAUUUUAGCCUGGAGACGUACGACAUCACGACAGUGCGGUCAUCAGGUGGCAUGUACCUGGUGUCGCAGUACAUCCGGAAGAACACGGACAGCGUGGUGAUCUUCUCCGGCGAGGGCUCCGACGAACUCACGCAAGGCUACAUCUACUUCCACAAGGCCCCCUCGGCGGAGGCGGCGGCGGAAGAGAGCGAGCGCCUGCUGAAGGAGCUCUACCUGUUCGACGUGCUCCGGGCCGACCGCACCACCGCCGCUCACGGGUAA